AUUUGAUCUUCCAAAAAAAUCAAAAUUGGAUACUAUUUUUAUUUCAGUCCCCAGACUUUAUAUCCCAACCGAAUAAUGGCUUUGCUUCUGACUAGGAUUUAUUUAGGAGUAUGAUUGUGGGCUCUUUAUUUUACUUGUGACGUAGAACUUGUACUCACAUUUUGUUAGCUGUAAAAAUCUGAAAGCAGCAUAUCAGUUUGUGGCGUGACAUCGAGAUUGUAAUGGUGAAUGCAAUGGUUCCAUGGGGGAACCAUCAGUUAAUUCCACUUGGACCAUUAAGGGAACCUUUGACUGCACUUGCACGCGGAGAUAUAGUUGUAAUCCAUCAUGCGAACUUGGUCUCAGAAAAGGACGUUGAGGCCAUAGCAUCAGAAAUUCGAACAGUAAAAAAUUCUCUUCCUAUAUUCUUGAGCAGAUUGGCGCCUUUAUACUUUCUUAAAGCUCGCAACAUGUCUCACAAAUUGGCUUUGAUGGACAUCUGUAAUACACUUGUCUUAUGUGUCUCAGCAAUUGGAUCUGCUGAAUCUUUUGUUGAAACAAUAAAGAAGCUGGGGCCAACAUAUGUUGAUCGGCUAGACUUUAGUGACCACCAUUUAUUUGAAGCUAAGGAUAUUGACAUGAUCAGAAUGAGACUUUGGAAUCUUCAAUCAGACUUUGCUAUGAAGCCUAUUGUUGUUGUAACAGAAAAGGACUAUGAUAGAGCUCCCGAGGUUCUUACAUAUUUGGAUCCAUAUGAAGUGUUGGUUCUUUGCUCCAGCUUGCAAAUUCUACCUCAUAAAGGAAGCACAGAAGAAACAUUUAAGAAGUGUCUGUGGCAGCAUUUGGAAGUUAGCUGCAAGGUCUAAGAAUGGUCUUCUGGCACUAUUUUUGAAGGACAUAUAAGCUUCAAUUCUUAAUGCUCAGAGUAGGUAAGCUCGAUAAGUUGCAGUUGAGGUGACGUCUACACUGAGAGUGACAUUGAGGUAUGCAUUAAAUUCAUAAGAUUAAAGUUUAUUGUUGAACAAGCAGAGCUAUAGUACCAGUGAACGGAAGGAGGACGGAUGACAAAAGGAAAAAUAUGUUUUGAAGUAUGUGCAUGGUAGAACGAUUUGCCUCUUGCUACAAAGUAUUUCGAGCUAUAUUGAGAACAUUCAGCACAGACUGUUCUCCCAGGGUCAGAGUAUUUUUUCCUGCUGUGGGAAUGUGACUUUGUUAGUCGUCCAGGGAUGAUCUUGCUUUUACAGGCUGAGAGUUAAAAGGAAGGGAAAUUACCAGUUAUGUCCGUCCAUAAGCAAAUUAGUACAAAAAUUAGUCAAUUCAUAAAAUAUUAUUAAUAUUAGCUAAAUGCUACUAAUAUUAGCCAAUUAGCUAUUUGCAGCAAAAUAUGAUCAAAUUUUUGCUUUCUUUUGAGUAAGUGUUGUUGGAAUAUGUUGGGUACAUUUUGAGGAAUUUGAAUCUCGGUUUUGUGA